UUUUGUUUUUGGAAGAAUAAUCGAAUGAAAGUAAUAGCAUCUUACAUAUUAAGCUUUUUCGAGCAAAACAUGUUUGAAGUUUUUUUUAUUAAUUGUGUACCAAAAAAGCAGGAACUUUGAAAAAUUCCUUUGGGUUUUAUGAAAUGAUUGAGAAAUAUUACAAACCCAAAUCAAAGUAUACUAAUAAAAUUAGUUCUACAAAUGUGUAAAACAAUUGCAAAUUCAGUACGAUCGACCAAAUUUUUCUCUUCUGUAUUCAUAUUAGAUUUUUUGACAAAAAAUAUAUCUGUCAUUAAAUUUGAAUUUAAAAUGUAAUGUUGGUUGUUGAUAAGCAAUACAAAAGAAUAUAUUUACACACAAGAUGUAUGUUCAUAUCUGCAGUUAAAAGACUCUGUUGAGUAGUUUUUAAAUGAAAUUUGAAUACCAACGAUGCACCAUAACCCGCAAUCUUCAAUGAAAUGGUAUUAUGACGGGAAGAAGGAGCAAAAAUUAAGACAUUCAUGAGUGAUUCAAAAUAUGAAUUAAAAUACCAUGUCAGUGGUACACAUACUGUGUGCGCAAAACACAACUCUAUUAAUCAAAUUACGUUGGAAAUUCGUCUCAUUUAUGUGCGUAAUUUAAUAUAGAUCGGUUUGAAAAUUUGCAUCGAAUUUAUACCAUGCACAGCUACAAUGGGUAUAACAUUAAAAUAUUGCGCGACUGGUUUGAGUAAGGCCACUGAAACGAUAAAGCGCUCGCGCAGUAAAAAAGACCAACCAACCAAUACAUAUGUAACCAAAAACAUGACAAAUACACACAUAUUUUAUAAACAGACCAAUACAUUGAGAGUAUGACGAGCAAGAAAUACAAAAUAAAAAAAAGAAAAAGAAGAAGUCUGUGUAUGAUAUUUACUAGUUCAUCGCACAUUCAAUAUAGGCGCAGUAAAUAACAUUAUCAAAAUUUCUUCUGAUUGUUCAAACAAAUAAAUGUAAAAAAACAAACGGGUUAUAGAAAAACUCUGUAUUGAAUCAAAGUUGAAACAAAAUCUAGAUAAACAUCUAUUAGAUAUAAAAACAACAUAAUUGGUAUGCAGUAAAUAUAUAAAAAUUGAAGUGACAGUCGAAAAUAAAAAGAAACUGCACACAUUUGAUUUCAACAGAACCAUAGUAAUGUCAAUAAACAUUCAAACUUUUAAACAUUCUGAAUUCACAGAAUUCAAAUAGUAACAAAGAGGCAAAAGGCCGUCGUGAAAGGUACUGAAUUCAACGAAUGAGAAUAAUCCGGAAUCAGCGGUGCGAAACGAUUUGCCAAUGAACCCGAGAAGGCAAAUUUAAAGCGAAGAAAAUACAAGAGAAAAACAAAAAGAAAACAAAUAAUCCUAAUAAUGUUAUCGCAAGUUCACUGCACUUAUUGGCGGAAAACAAGAAGAAUUUAAAGUGUGUGGUAGACAAAGAGCGUGCGAAAAUGUCGCAGCGGGGAAAACGACAAAGUCGUUUGGACAACGAUGAACCGCCGCCGACAAAAAAGCGAAAAGGACGUCCUCCAGCCAAUAAAUCCAAUUCAGCAAAUUUAGGUAACGGCAAUUCGGUGCAUCCUAAUACAAUAGAGAGCGGGCAACAAAACGGUUCAACCAUGUCGCCAUCAACAACGUCAUCAUCAGCAUGGCAGGCACGAUCAUUAAGUGAUCUGAAGUUAUCAAGUAUAUACAAUCGUAGUGCGCCUGAACCACCGGCUGAAUUAUUUCGCAAAGAUUUAAUCAGUGCCAUGAAAUUACCAGAUUCGGAGCCUUUGGCAUCUGAUGAGUACUGGGUGAUUACAGAUCAAUGGAAACAAGAAUGGGAGCGAGGAGUUCAAGUUCCAGUUAGUCCUGAUUCUUUACCAGAACCAACUGUGCUAGCAAAGCAACAAGAAUCAUUUUAUACAGGUCGACAGGAUUUUAAACUACCCAAAAACAAAUUCAUACGCAUUACGAAAGAUGAAAAUUUUUCAUCGGACUUGCAUUAUUUAUCAAACACACCCGCAAUGGCAAAAGCAUCAUGUUCAUAUGAUCUCGAUCCAGUUGAUGAGGCAUGGCUAAAUAUCCUUAAUGGGGAACGCACAAUGGCUGGUCAUUUAGCCGUAACAGAGGAACAAUUUGAACGUGUUAUUGAGGAGCUAGAGAUUGUGUGUUGGGAUAAAAUUCAGGCUAUCAUCAAAACUGAAGAAGGAUUGGGCAUUGAAUAUGAUGAAAAUGUGAUAUGCGAUGUAUGUCGCUCGCCAGAUUCAGAAGAAGCAAAUGAAAUGGUGUUCUGUGAUAGUUGUAACAUAUGUGUACAUCAGGCUUGCUAUGGUAUUACAACUAUACCGUCAGGUCAAUGGUUGUGUCGUACUUGUUCGAUGGGUCAAAGACCUGACUGUGUGCUAUGUCCAAACAAAGGCGGCGCAAUGAAAUCAGCUCGUUCAGGUCAGAAAUGGGCUCACGUUUCGUGUGCGCUGUGGAUUCCAGAAGUGAGCAUUGGUUCAGUCGACCGAAUGGAACCGAUAACAAAAAUCUCAAGCAUUCCACAAUCACGAUGGGCUCUGAUUUGUGUAUUAUGUCGCGAACGAGUUGGUGCAUGCAUUCAAUGUUCAGUAAAGCCGUGCAAAACUGCAUAUCACGUAACGUGUGCAUUUCAACACGGCCUAGAAAUGCGUGCCAUUAUAGAAGACGAAAAUGCAGAAGAUGGUGUUAAAUUGAAAUCGUAUUGUUUGAAGCAUAGCGUGAAUAAAAACAAUAUCAAAAAGAAAGAGAAGAGUAUCGCGCACACAAAUGCUGGCGGCUCAGGCACGGAGGACGACGAUACAAAUAAACGAAAGAAGCGAAAGGAUAUGACGACUGAAGAACGAAAUAUGGCACGCGCAAAACGGUUACAAGAGAUUGAAGCCGAGUUUGAUAAACAUGUUAGUAUUAAGGACAUCAAUUGCACUGUUCUUGAGGUGGACCAAGAAGCAAUCAAUUACGUUUAUAACUAUUGGGUAUUGAAACGUAAGGCCGCAAAUAACCGACCGUUAUUACCGCCAAAGUCAGAGGAUGCCGACAUGAUUGCUCACAAGCAAGAACAGGCUGAUAAUGAGAAAAUGAAGAUGUUCGUACAUCUGCGACAAGAUUUAGAGCGAGUGCGCAACUUGUGCUACAUGGUGAGUCGGCGCGAGAAGCUCAGUCGGUCGUUCUUUAAAAUGCGCGAACAAACAUUUCAUAGACAAACUUCUGUGUUAAAUGAGUUGAAUACGAAAAAUAUAGAUAAUUCACUGUUAACUGCAAUUUUGGAAGCUAAUCAUGGCCCUUCAAUGUACGAUAAACUCUAUUCUAGUGAAGCAAUUAGUGCAAAUACGUCAAUAAAUCUUGAAGAAAUGAUUUCAACAUUGACUGGUGCUUUGUCGACGAAAUCGUCAACGGCGAUGACAAUGACAGCAAUACAGGUCACCAAUAAUAAUAAAUUGCAGAACGAAAAUCACCAAAAACGAUCGCAAACCAAAGUCGAUCUAAAUGGUAUGAACAAAUGGAAAAAGAACGCACAGAAGACUCAAUAUCCAGACAAUCAAUUCAACCGCUUGUACCUAAAUGGUACAUCGACCAAUAAAACUUCAUCAAAGAUAUACGAUAGUAGCCUUUCAAGUAGCAGUGAGUGCGAUCGAAGGCUUCGAUCGUCAAGUGAGGAAGACAACAAUAUACUAUCGAACGCACGGCGAAGGAAUGUAUCUCCCAAUAAAAAGAAGUCUGUCCAAUCAGCUGUUAAGUCUCUUGAGGCAAGAGUCACCGAGAAAAAGAAACGUCGAACGGCUGCACGGAAGCAAAAGUCAUUCGAUAGUUCCAGUGAAGAAGAAGAGGAGCAGAAAAGUCCUUGUCCAAGACGACGUUCAGAAGAUGAGUUUGGUUCGAGUGGCGAUUCCGAUGCAAAUUCAAAAACAUCUGAGAAACAAUCACCAAGUAGACUAUUACGGCAAAUGGAAAGAGAGCUGGCAAAAGAAAAGUUAUCCGGUUCCGACAGCGAUGAACUGGUGCCAAUACGUAACAGCAUUGGAGUAUCUGGGUCAUUGAAUAGUAGUAAGAAAUUAUCGACAUCGAUUUAUUCGGAUAGUGACAGCACAGAUAAGGAGAAAACUGAUAACACAGCUAGUGACUCUCAAAAUCAUACAUUCCGAACUAAAGCAGCCGUCAAAGAAUUUAAUUCUCACCACAAUUCAACAGCCUCUAAAGCCUCGAGUCGAAGUAAUAAAGAUAGCAGUAGUAGUAGUCUCACAACGAAUCAAGUGAAAGAGAAGGAACGACUCGAUGCUGAAAGGGAAAGAUUGCAAGACAGCUACGAACAACAAGGCCAACAGAAAGGACGUAGGGAUAAAUUAGCCAAAUCAUUAAAAGAAAAAGGCCAAGAAAAGACAGAGAAGGAACGCAUUCAAUAUGAAAAGGCCGAAAAAGAGCGAUUAGCUAAAAUCGAGCAAGAACGCAUUGAAAAGGAGGCAGCCGAAAAAGAGCGCAUUGAAAGACUGCAAAACGAGAAAACUGAUAAAUUGAAGAAUAAAAAGAAGCGAAAAGAGAUAUCAAAAGAUUUUCCAACCGAUCUGCUUGUGGUACCUCAAAGGCAAGCUGCCAAAAAAGCAUCUGAGAAUAUGAUGCGCACGCAACUUAUUGGAUCGUCAAAGAAAGAACAUUCAAAAGAUGAAGAAAAAAAGGAAUUGCCUAAAGAAAUAAGUAAAAUUAAGGAAAACCGAGACUCAUCUAAAGAAUCUGGCCCACAACCGAAAGAAACCACAAUCAAGCAAAAGAGUAAAAUAUCAAAAUCAAUCAAUAAAACCAUGACACAGAUAGAGCCUUCAUCGUCACCGUUGGCUGACAUGACAAAAGAGAAGGAUGUCAAAACUAAAAAAUCCGAAAAAUUAGACAGAGAUAUUAUGGUAGCGUAUGUGCCACAACGACAGGCGGCAAAAAAAGCCGCCGAACAUAUCAAAGGUUUGGGCAAAGUUGUUACAACAGAUGCCACAAAUACUGCCUCCUUUCCUGAAGAAAAGCAAGAUAAACCAAUGUCCGUGGCAACAAGUACAAAGUCAUUGUCGUCAUCCAUGCACAAUAAAUCAAAUAUUCCGUCUUCACCAAAACUAUCGAGCUCAUCCUCGUCCAGUUCGAGUUCAAGCUCAUCGUCUGGCAGUAGUGGUUCGACGUCUUCAUCUAGCGAUUCAGACGAUGAUGAUUCAGAAGGAGACAAAAAAGUUUCGCCCUUUCUUAACAAGGGAUCGAAAUCUUCAAGCUCUACCACUUCUGAUGAAUCAUCCAGCAGUGGUGAUUCCGAUUCAAGUGAAUCGAGUUCCGACGAUGAAACGAAUCGUAGUAUCGUUAGAAAGACUCCAGUCGUCACACCGACGAAAUCAAAAACUACCAUCACAACCUCAACCAAACGGAAAGAUUUCGUCGAUAAGAAAACCAACAAUGCUGAACUUCCCGUGUCAUCACCUAAGAGAGAGGAAUCGAUUAGAUCACCAACAACAAAACCAGGACGAGCUGGAAAGAGCUUAUCAAAUGAUCGACAUCAAAGCACUGACAGCCGAUCGGGAGCUUUGGCUAAGAGUGCCAUCAAAUCAAUCACAUCGCCAGUCAAAUCAAGUGCGAAAAGCGACACAAAUACCAGACGUAUUAUUGACGAAAAACAGAUUAAAAAUGCAACCAAUUCUACCCCAGAAAAAUCUGUCAAAUCAUCAGAGUCGGCGAGGGCCAUUGCGAUCCUCGGUGCGAAAUCGACAGCAAGGAAACGAAAAUCAAGUUCACUUGAAGACAAAUCAAAGCACGAAAAUAAAGUCAGCGCUGAAAAUAGAAUUGAACCAAAGUCAAUCAUUUCAUCAUCAUCAUCAUCACCACCACCACCACCACUACCACCACAAGCACCACUAUCGUCAUUAUCGGCAAAAGGUCAAUCAAUCGGAAAUUCAAAGAAUAAGUCAUCAUAUGAAAACCGUCCUACCACCAUUGAAAAGAGCAGCGAGCCCAGUAAACUUUCACCUACGAAACGGGAAACGAACGAGAGGUUAAAAACACCCGAAAUGAAACCAACUGUGCAAUCACUGGAAGAAGAAAUCAACGAGCGAAAGGCUGAAUAUCAAGCAACAAACACGAUCAGCGGCAGCAAAUCGAAAUUGUCUGAUACUAUAGAUAAGUUAUUCUGUAAACAAAAAGAAAAAGAACAACAACAAAAGCAAACGCAAUUACAAAAAACGAGUAAACAAAAUAAGAGAUCAUCGCAGAGUUCAGAAGCUAAUAAGAGCCCUGUUGAUAUGGAGAUUGAACCAAAAGAAUCAAAAACUCACGAAAGUGACAUACAAAAUCAACAUGUUGUGGAUUCCGAUACCAGCAGAAUUACUACUAAAGAUAUUCUAGAUAUCCAAGCGGGUCAAGCAGAUCAAGUAAACCAAGAAGAUCAGGCAAGCGAAAGUAACCAACAGCGACCUAGCGCCACCAACAAGUUCGAACAGGAGCAGUUUGUAAAUAACAUGCCGAAACCACCAACACCAAAAUCUUCGUUAAUUUUUUCUCCGCCACCUACUAUUGAUAAACGCGAGACAUCUAUAUUUGAUUUCAGCGAUAAUUUUUCGAUACCUUUCAAUUCUGAUAAUUUGUUUAAAGAAGACAGUGCCAAAGAAACAAUGGAUCUGGUUGCAAAUUUGAGGCAGAAUAUAAAGAAAGGUGGUAAAGGUGAUGAAUGUGGUAGAAAUAAGCCGGAAUGUGUUAGCCAAACAAUGCAGACUAUUGAACCUGCAACACCACCCGAUUCGACUACGGUGGAUAAGAACAUCAAAUCUAGUUCGGUUGAUAAUAAUAAUGAGUUAAUAUCCUCAUCCACAUCGACAUCAAUCGAUAUAAAGUCUAAAGCUGCUUUGGUACAGCAACCGACAUUGGUCAUUGAUUUAGAUCAGGAAAAUAGCAGCGAUGAAAGAAAGCUUCCCGAAUCAAAUGUGUCGAGUAAUAUUGAAACAUCAAAACCAAUGGUGUCCAUCGAUUGUAAUCAAAUUCAGAAUACGCAAGAAAUAGAGAAGGCUCGAGAAAAUAUGAUUGCAACCAUAAUAAACUCGACGCCGCCCAUGCAAUUACAAACUGAAGUUGAACAAAUUGCCAGUAAAAUGUCUAAUGAUAUGCUUAUGGGAGGACAAAUGAAUGAAACUCCGAAUAUCAAUGUAUUCAAUAUGCAAACAUACGCAUGUAAUACUGUCAAUGGAAAUCAAGAGUCAUUCGAUCGACCCAUUCAAAUAUUGCAUGAAAAGGCACAUCCAUCUGCACAGCAAAACGAAAAGAAUGAUCAAGUUACGAUUCGGCAUCGCAGUGAUUUAAUAGGAGAUAUUGAUGAAAACGAGGGUUACAUACGAAACAAAUGGUCGGAACAAGAAAUGAUUCAGACGAGACGAUCUGUAUCAUCAUCACCUAGUUCUGAGUCUGAGAACAAUGAUAUGCAAAUCGAAAAAAAACACAUACAAAAGAUGGCCACAAAUACUACAAAUAUACCAACUUCAUCAAAUGAAAUGGAUAACGUACCAAACACAGCCACCAUGCGUACCAAUGAAGUUAUCGCCAAUGAAAGUAUGGUAUCAUUCUCAGCGUCACAGCAAUCUGUGCAGCAUCCGCCAGGUCAAUUGAGCCAGUUCAACAUUCCUAACGAAAAUGGCCCGGUAUCGUUAUUUCCACCAACAAGUGGCUCAAGUCUCAACACUCAAGUACCGUUUCCAUCUCCUGGAGCCGCCAUGUUCCCUCCAAAAUUUGUUAAUGCGUUUUCAUCCGCAACUUCAACUGCAAAUAUACAGCCAACGUCAAAACAUGGAGACACGCCCACUCCAAACUCAGCCAUAACUAGUUCAAUAAACUAUUCCUCAAAUCUUUGUGCUGCGUUUACGUCAUCAUCACGUAAUAUGGCAUUAACAACAACAAUGAUGGCGCUAUCACCCGUUCAAUCGGAUGUGUCUUCCAUCACAUCGCCUAGCGGAAAUAACCUUCUAGCAUCGAUUUCACCACAUAUAACCGGUAGUAGUAAUAAUAAUAAUAACAUCAGCAACAGCAAUAAAAUUGACUUCAAUCGUAUUCCACCGGUUCAACCUAUACUGUCACCCCAAAUACCACCACCACCACAACAACAGCCACCAUCAUCGUCGCAAACGGUUGAAUCACAUCAAUGCCAACAGAAGCAGCAGUCAUUUGGCUCAAAUCAAACAUCACAAGCAAGUCAUCAAACAUCAUCACAAUCAUUGACAGAUACUACAUACGGCUUAGAAAAUUUGCCAAAAGAUUUGAUAUCGAAUACAGAGAAACAAAUAAUGCCCGAUCGAAGUACUACUGCUACUGCUGUUACUACUACUAGUACUACUACUAAUUCGGAACAAUUAUCGAAGCGGCCAACCCGAUAUAAUUCACAAACAAUACAAACAACGCUGAAAUCACCAAGCAAAUCGCCCGGCAAGAGUCCACGACAAAUGGAAAUUGUACGACAAAAGUCCGAAUCAGCAAGAGGUCGUUCGCGUGGUGCGAAGAAUUUAAGUGUCGGUCGCGGUGUUGGUAGUGGUGGAGGUGCUGGUACAGUUGCACGAAUUUCAGUCUCAUCACGAGGUCGUGGUCGAGGUAGAACUCCACUCGUUGUACCACUUGCAUUACCUAAUACACUGUUUGAUCUGAAUAAUCAUAUUGGUGCUGGAACCAUUCAUAAUAAACUGCAGGGAACGGUGUAUGAUCUAGACUUCGAUGAGGAUUUAAAAUGUGGUGAUAAUGUAGAAAAUCUCAAAUCGAUGCGUGAAAGACGUCGUUCCAUUGAUUAUCGGCAUCAAUCAGAAACAUUUCGAUCGAGGGACGCUUCUGAAUCACCUAAGUUUGCAGCAGCUACAAAUAAUCAAAAAAUGGGCGAGAAAUCGAUUCCAGCGUGGCGCGCAGAUAUUCGAGAUUUAAGACCACCAUCGCCACAUGAAGCGAAUUCUGUCAUUUCAAUACAAAACACUUCUACGGCGACUCAGCUACCGAUGCAUACGAUUGAACCGGUGAUGCCCGGUCCAGUUGAUAUGCGCACAUACAAUUCUGGUUUCGAUGCAAGUAGCAACAGCGAUGUGUUCAACAGUAGUAAUAUGCUGGGUGCCUUUGCGAGUGGAUUAGCUGAUCAAACAUUACCUGACAUUGACGAAGAAUUGGAAAAAGAUUUCCAAUCAGCCUUGAAAGCAAGUAAUGCAAAAAUAUCUACGAAUGCAGGACGUAGCGACGAAAUGAGCACCACUAAUAGUGGUGGUGGAGGUAGUGGUAAUGGAUGUGAUUUGUUGUUGGACGCGGUUCAGCCAAACGAACAGUUCACGACGCAUAUGAUUGAUCCAACGAUGAUUGAUCCAACCAUGACAUCACAUAUAGAUGCUCAUUUGGAAGGGUCUGAACCACCGAAACAUUCAUUAAUAAAACUAAAAAUCAAAGGACCACACGCUAGACCUGAAAAUUACACAUCAUCUGUAAUCACAACUUAUCAGUCACAUAACAAUACCACUAUUGAACAAACGAUUCAAGGCACACCAAAUAGUUCGAUUCGUCGAAUGCGUAAAAAGGAAUUAUUGCGACAAUAUUGGACACAGGAGAAUAUGGAUGAUUCAAAUUGUGCACCACAACAGGAACAAACACAAAACUCAGCCUCUGCUACCACAAACAGUAGUGGUGGUCGAAGUGCCGGAAUCCCAAAAGCCGUAGAUUCAAUGAGUUCAAUACCAACGAAAGAUGAUUAUAAAGACUAUACUGCUUUGGAUAUCAAAAAACGGAAAGUUCCUGCAAAUCGUGAACUUCGACAGUUGGACGUACCAUCAUAUGAUGAAAUGCCUGAGCGUCGACGAAGUGUAUGCUCAAAUGCAAGUAAUACAUCAUCGAGUAAUGCUGGUGAAAGCAGUAAACGAAAAACACGAACCAAACAAGCUGUGAUGACUACGCCAAAGUUAAAAAUCAAACUAGGCCCCGAUGUGGUGUUUGAGGCGUCUGGUGUCGGUGUUGAUAGUAGCGGUGGUGGUGGUGGCGGCAGUGCAAAACCACCCAAGAAGCGUUUAUCGAACAUAACAAUACCCAGCUUUGAAGAGCUACGUCGAGAUAGCAUGAAUUUCCGUAAACAAGUGAUCAGCCAAUUUAAUGAUACAGCAAAACCAAAGAAGAAAGACAAAUCCAAACGCGAGAAGGGGAAACAUAAGAAGAAAAAAGAAAAAGAAAAAGAUAAGGAAAAGAAACCCGAAGUCGAAAUUGUAAGCAGUGACAUGAAUCCAUCAAAACUUAUCAUUCGUUUCGCUAAGCGUAAAGCAGAAACAUCGCUUAACGAUUCGGCGGAUGAAAGUGGAUCUCAUGCGCCAGCAGAGAUUUCGCCACAGCUAUUACCUGCUGCCCCCAUCCGGUUGAAACUGGCGAGAAGUUCACAAGGUGGAGGCUAUGUUAUGGCCGAACCAACAGCUGCAUCCACAUCCAAAGGAACCACAGGAAAGGAUCAAAGCACUGAUUUGACAAGAUGUCAAGUUGUGUUAACUGAUUUCACGAAGCUAAGUGAGGCUGCGGCGGCGGUAACCACCACAACGACAGUGGUGGAAAAGCACGUUUACAACCUACAAUCUCAACAACCAACUGACCAAUCGUUAAACGGAAAUGUACAUUCAUCAGACACCUUCGAUUCAUCGACUAAUAGUACAACCAUAAUUGUAACAAAUCGACCACCUAACCAAAUUGAUGGGGUAGUCCGGUGAAAAAGUGAUUUAUGCAACGGUAUUCCAUAAGUCAAAUAUGUUGAUGAUACGAACAAGCUCGAAGAGUUUCUGAAAUCAAUUUAAUGUUCUUAUUCUAUCAUCUGGAUGCUUACUAUGAUGGCUUCAUUCAUUGUUAUUUUUAUUUAUUAAUGCUAAGAACAAACGCAAAUUAAAAAUAUUUCAAAAUUCCCAGAGAACAAACAAUUCUGCAUGGGCAAAACGCAACUUUUUUUUGCUUUGGAAAGCCAUAAAGCCAUUAUAGGAAGUAUUUUUCGUUCGAUUUUCAACACACUUUCAAAGCAACCCAUCCUACUUCGUUAUGCCGAUAGAAUUGAUAGAAUGUGGUGCAAUUUUUAUCGGAAGUAUUCAUAAUGUUUUCAAUAAAGUGAGCUCAAAUAAAACCCAUAUAUGCAAAAGAAUCCGAUGACUUUAGCCGAUUUAAAGGAAUAGAAAAGAAAACAUACGUUCGAAGAAAAUUCACACAGGAACCGUAAUGAAAACAGAAAUUACAGCAAAGAUGCACAAAAUAUCCGUGAAAUUAAGCCCAAAAAUAAUAUGGAAUUUGAAAGAUCGGCGGGAUAAAUCAAUAUAUAUAUCCAUUAAAUUCCGAUCUAAUUUAUAUAUAUGCAAAAUGCAACUUCACCAUAAAUGCAUGGAAAACUAGGUGCAAGUAUUAGAAAAAAUAAAUGUUGAUAAGCUUCUAUGUAAAUAGAAGAACAAUGAAAGAACAAUUGAAUAAAUCAAUAAAGCUAUAUCGAAUAACAAAUAUUCAUGUAAUUUAGCAUUAAAAAAUAGCAUUCAUUUUUGUUAGAUAGAAAUAUAAAUAUAUAAAAACAAUAGUUAAAACACUGAUGGUAAAGUAAGAGAUUCAGCAAAAAUUGUUAUGUGUACAAUAGUCCCGAUACGACUAACUUCAUAAUACUUAUAUAUAUAUACAUAAAAAUAUAAAAUAAUUUAAAUUAUGAUUAAUGGACAGCGUCUUAAAUAAAAAAAACGCAUCAUGGUUUUAUUUACCUACCCAUGAAA